AUGUUCUCAACAGCACUGCUUGCUGUUUUGCUGGCAGCUCCUGCUGGUUGUCACGGUAACAUCUCAUCCCCUUCUGACCUGGAUAGUCCAGAACCAUAUCAGGGACCAAAUACUGGGCACCUGGGGCAGGAAAUAGUGAACGAGCCGAGGUCCCUCAGAAGCUCUGCAGCAGAGGAGAGGAAGCCUCCCUCGUCUUGGAGCAACUCCUCACCCCCCGUGUCUGUCCCCAGCUGCCUGCAGACCACCACCAUCAAGGGUGCCUUCAAGUACAUCAACACCAUCAUGUCCUGCCUCAUCUUCGCAGUCGGCGUCGUCGGGAAUGCUACGCUGUUAAGGAUCAUCUACCAAAAUAAAAGCAUGAGGAACGGACCCAACGCUCUCAUUGGCAGCCUCGCCUUGGGGGACCUGAUUUACGUCACCAUCGAUAUUCCCAUCAAUGUCUACAAGCUGUUAGCCAUGCGUUGGCCGUUUGCAGACAGCACCGUUGGUCUCUUCCUGUGCAAGAUGUUCCCCUUCCUGCAAAAAGCCUCAGUUGGUAUCACCGUCCUCAACCUGUGUGCGCUCAGUGUGGACAGGUACAGGGCAGUGGCGUCCUGGUCCCGGGUGCGGUGUACGGGUAUUCCUACAGCAACAGCGGUGGCGAUCGUGAGCAUCUGGCUGCUGUCGGCGGUGCUGGCCCUGCCGGAGGCCGUGGGCUUCGACUUGGUCACCUUUGAGUACAAGAACGUUACCAUGACGACCUGCAUGCUGCAGCCCAGAUCGCCUUUCAUGACAUUCUACCGCGACGCCAAGGACUGGUGGCUCUUUGGCUUCUACUUCUGCGUCCCUCUGGUUUGCUCCGCUCUCUUCUACAGCUUGAUGACCUGCGAAAUGCUGCGGCACCAGAAGGGAACUCUGUGCAUUGCACUGAGUGAGCACCUAAAGCAGCGUCGGGAAGUGGCCAAAGCGGUCUUCUGCCUGGUGCUGAUCUUCGCUCUGUGCUGGUUCCCCUUACAUCUGAGUCGCCUGCUGAAGAAGAUGGCCUACAAAUCCCAUGAUGCACAUCGCUGUGGCCUCUUGAACUUCCUGUUAGUGUUGGAUUACUUCAGCAUCAACAUGGCCACCAUCAACUCCUGCAUCAAUCCCAUCAUCCUCUACUUUGUCUCCAGGAAGUUCAAAAACUGCUUCAAGUCCUGUUUGUGUUGCUGGUGCUACUCCGUCUCCGAGCCUCCCUACAAACACGACCCCUGAACCACGCUGGACCACCCGUGGAGAAGAGAAGAGAAAGGACCCAAAAUAAGCAUUUAAAUAGCGACUUGUGUUUUAUUCCAUGUAAGUAUCUUAGCACCCUCUAGUGGCUUGUACAUGUAUUACA